AUGGCGUCUCUCUUUAAGAGCCGUAUCGUCUCUCUCCUGUCGGUGUUCUUUUUUACUUUUCAUUGUCAACUUUGCAUUUCGGACCCGAGUGAUGAUUCCUCGGGCUUGACGACCUUUGUGGAUAGGCAUGGACAUUAUGUAGUAGUGCGACGCGAUUUGGACGAGGUCGAGUCCGAUCAAGGGGACUCCAGGUUUACCCGGUUCAAGAGGAGCCCUGUGAAGAAUGAAAAUAUCCUUGAGCAAAAACUUGGAAACGUGUCCUUCACGUGGGAAUUGAAGGACACUCAUGGGGUGAUCAUACUGCACUGGGCAGGACAAAAUUCUGACGUGGUUCUUUGUCUUGCACGGGACAAGGAUCAAAACACCCCAGGCUCCACCAGUGCCCUCUUCAUAUCUUUUGACUAUGGAAAAACAUUCCAGAACCGAACAGAAGCUCUCAAGCUGGCUGAUGGAAAAAUUGCUGUCAUCAGCCAAUACCAUGUUCAUCCAAAGUUCCCAAAUGUGGCAGUAUAUAGAGAUGAGAAGAACAAAUACAUCUUCCUGACUCAAGAUUAUGGAAAAACCUUCAGCAGCUUCAAGCUCAGCUUCGUUCCUUCGGAAAUCUACAUGGAUUCCUGGCUUGAUGAUGUCAUAAUCCUCCAUGACAAAAAGGAUGUGACAAAACCUGUAUAUGUUGGGAAAUUGAAAGAUGGAGUCUUCACUAAAGUUCAGGAAUUUGUGUCUGAAGUACACAUGGACACAAAGCCCAACCCAAAUACAGUAUAUGUCAUCAGGGAUGAUCCCACUGGACUGCACACAGUUUUGGCCUCUAGAGACUAUUUUGAUUCCCCUGGAGCUGUGGUGAUGCGUUACAUCCUACGCUUUGCCAUUCAUGGUGAUUUGAUGUUUGCAACACGUACAACAGACUUUUCUCAUGAAGGGCCAGUUGACUCUCAAGAUACACCCAAAGACUUGUAUAUUUCUGUUCGUAAAGAUGGGAACUUUGGACCCUUUGUGAAAGCUCAGUUCCCUUCAACACUUCAACCCAGAUGGUUUUAUGUUUUGGAUGUGACAGAUGAUGGUCAGGCUUUUGUAUUAGCAAACCACAAUAAUGAAGAAGACAACUUAUUCAUCUCCAAUGCACCAGAUGAUUCUGGCAUUCGGUUCUCUCAAUCUUUACAACGAGUGGUGUUUUUUGAUGGCAAUGAGCAGGACCGACUUCUUGAUGGACUCACUACAGGACAACCAUUUGCAGACUUCCACAGAGUUGAAGGCUUGAGAGGUAUUUACAUAGUGUCUCAGUGGAAGAAUAAUACCAAGGAAACCAUUGGAUAUCGGUUGAGAAAGGAUGACUUCAUGGUGACCCUAAUUACAUUUGACAAUGGGGGAGAGUGGCACCCCUUGGAGGCUCCUCGUGUGGAUGAUUCUGGUAAUCCCACUAAGUGUGACACUACCAAGGGAUGUUCUCUUCACCUGAGUCAGAAGUACAGCAGUCUUGGUCUCAUCCCAGGCAGGCAGAGUGUGCCCAUAUUGACGAGCAAGUCUGCCAUUGGUCUGGUCCUUGGUACAGGCACAGUUGGUGAGAGCCUCAAAGGCAGGCCCUCUGUGUUCCUUUCUGCAGAUGCUGGUCAUACUUGGCAUGAGGUGCUGAAAGGGAUGUACUUCUACACAUUUGGUGAUCAUGGUGGCCUCAUUACAGCAGUGGACUACUUGUCACCAACAAAGUACCUUCUUUAUUCUACUGAUGAGGGAGAGACUUGGAAUAGUUAUUCAUUCAGCAAGAAUGAUGUGGUUGUCUACAAGAUGUUCACCGAGCCUGGAGAAAAUACAACUAUAUUCACCUUGUUUGCUUCUGAGCCCAACAGUCAUGAGUGGUUGAUUGUCAACGUGGACCUGAAGACAGCCUUCUCAAAGGUCUGUGGAGAAGAUGAUUACAAGACCUGGAGUCCAUAUGAUGAAGGGAAUCAAGGAAGAAGCACUCCUUGCUUGCUAGGGAGAAAGUAUGUUUAUGAAAGGAGGAUCCCUCAUUCACAGUGCUUCAAUGGCAGGGAUUAUGACCGCCCUGUUCGAUCUGAGAAUUGCCCCUGUCAUAGGGAGGAUUUUGAAUGUGCCUUUGGGUUUUUACUGGAAGAGGUCACCAAUAACUGUGUGUUGGAUCCCAAAGCUAAAGAUGCCAACUUUGAUCCAAAUGCCCCACCAAGGAAUUGUGUGGAAGGAACGUUUUACAACCGCACAAAAGGCUACAGAAGAGUUGCUGGAGAUACAUGUGAAGGAGGAGCUGCCACCACCUACCUCCCUAACCUCCUGCCCUGCCCCAUGAAAAAGGAGCAGGAAUUCCUCAUUGUGGCCCAAAAUGAUGCAAUAAUGAGAAUGAAUCUGGCUUCUGCUCCUUCUACUGAGCCUACUUGGGAGAAACUACCCCUCAAAGGCCUUGAGAAUGUGAUUGCCCUAGAAUUUGACAUUGAGAACAACUCCAUAUAUUGGGCAGACAUAUCAACAGACAAAAUCAUGCGGCAGCGAUUGGAUGGGCAAUCUGACCCAGAAGUUAUUGUCGAGAGAGACCUGAGCAGUGUUGAAGGACUGGCCUUGGAUUGGAUCUCAUCAAACUUGUACUUUGUGGAUGGUGCUAGGAGCCGUAUUGAGGUUGUGCGUGUGGAUAUCAAUUACUUUGGUCGCAUGCGUAGAACAAUUCUGAAAAAUGACCAAUUGGGAAAGCCACGUGGCAUCGCUCUUCAUCCUGUGAAAGGGUACUUGUUCUGGACAGACUGGUCCUCCACAACUCCUUCAGUUUCUCGUGCCCUCCUAGAUGGCUCAGAAGUGAAAGUCCUCUUGGGUCGCUCUGUGGUGACUUGGCCUAAUGGCAUCACCGUAGACACUCUCACUGAUAGAAUCUUCUUUGUUGAUGCAAAUCGGGAUUUCAUUGCAUCAGCUGACCUAGACGGUGGAAACUUGCAUACACUCAUUCGUGACAAAGUGAUCUUGAACCAUCCGUUUGCAGUGGCAGUUCACAAAACCCAGCUGUAUUGGGAUGACUGGAAUCAAGGUCAUGUGUUUAUGGCUAACAAGGAAACAGGAAGAGGGAUCACCAAUGUAACAACAGAGCAUGCAGCCAGACUGAUGGAGCUGAAGGUGAUAGCCAAUUUCCAGAGAACUGGAACCAAUGCAUGCAGUGGAGCCAUGACCUCGAAGGGAGGUUCGAAGUGCAGUUAUUUGUGUAUGGGAAGACCAAAUAAUGAUUACUCCUGCCUCUGCCCUGAUGGCAUGAAUAUUCAGCCCCUUGGGACAGGGAAAGAGAAAUGUUUUUGUCCCUCUGGAGAUGAGCCAGCAAAUGGAUAUUGCCCUCAAAAGGGUGCAACUUGUGGAGAAGGAAUGUUUCAAUGUGGGAAUGGGCAUUGCAUCUACUCAUUGUGGCAAUGUGAUGGUGACAAUGACUGUAUGGAUGGAAGUGAUGAGGCCAACUGUGGUAGCUCCUGCUCUCCCAUGCAGUUCCAAUGCAAGAGUGGCCAAUGUAUCCCACCUCACUGGAAGUGUGAUUUUGAUGCAGAUUGCUCAGAUGCCUCUGACGAAGCCAACUGCACAUACCCAUCAUGCACUGCUGACCAGUUCCAGUGUGCAAAUGGACGUUGCAUUUCUAAACGGUGGGUUUGUGAUUUUGAGGAUGACUGUCGAGAUGGGAGUGAUGAGGUCUGUACUGGCUGGACCUUCCGCUGUGACAAUGGGAAGUGUGUUCCUUUGAGCUUCAAAUGUGACAGCGUAGAUGACUGUGGAGAUGGAAGUGAUGAAUUGUUCUGUGGAGAUCUAGGGAAUCGUACAUCAACAACAACAUCUACUCGGCGCCCAGAUACUGGGACUUGUUUGGAAAAUCACUUCAAGUGCUACAGUGGAAUAUGCAUCCCCCAAUCUUGGGUUUGUGAUGGGGCUCGUGACUGUGCCUCUGGAGAAGAUGAAGGAAACUGUGAAAAUGUAGCUACAUGUGGAGGAACUGAUUUCCGCUGUGAGGUUAGUGGAGGAUGCAUUCCCAAUUCAGCUGUCUGUGAUGGCCGACAAGACUGUGCAGAUGGAAGUGAUGAGCAAGGUUGCAUUGAUGUAAUACCACCUAGUCCCAAAGAACCUUCUGAAGUUGAGUGUCAUGCUGGAUACCUCAAUUGUGAUAUCACCAAGUGUGUACCUGUUUCACGUGUCUGCGAUGGUAGAAUUGAUUGCUAUGAUGGGUCAGAUGAGGAGAACUGUCAGCAUGCUUACCAGGUGAGAGAUUAUGUCAUUGAUGACAAACGACUGACUGCAAACUCCAUCUACCUAUCAUGGUCUAUGGCCAAAGGUACUGCAGUACCAGCUUCUCUCCAGUAUCUUCCUUCCAUUGCUGAGGAAGUGGAGAAAGAUCCCCCGAAGUGGAAGAAUCACACCUGGAUCAACAUCACAGAAUAUACAUUCCAUGACCUGCACCCAUACACUAACUACAUAAUGCAGGUAUAUGUGAAAGACCAGUCUGGCACAGUUUAUCCACCUGGAGCAUCAAUUACACAGAGGACAAAGAGUUCCAUCCCAGGAAUUGUGCGAAAUGUGACUGUCAAUCAAUUGCAUGGUGGUCGAGUAAAUGUUGUCUGGGAUGCACUAAAAGAAGAUAAUGGACCUAGAUUGCUCUACCGGAUAUAUAUGUCUCCACCAAGUCCACCACUGGAAUUCAUGACUCAGAAGACAUUCCAUGUGAUCCGAGAAGACUUCAAGCCUAAUGUCACUUAUUUCUUUUGGGUUCAGGCUGAGAAUUCAGCCUAUCGUGGGUCACCAAGUGAGAAAAAGUCACUCAUAUUUGAUGGGAAUGCAAUCGAGAUCAGUAUAAAGAAUCUCAAGAUCAUCAAUGCAUCAGAAACGACAGCCACUUUGAUAUGGGAUUCUUUGGAAGGAGUUGAUUCUUAUGGAGUUGACAUUAAUCCAAUUGAAAACCGAUAUGCAUCCAGAUGGAGCAUGAAUGUGACAAAGCCAUCAGCCACUGUCACGGGACUUGCACCAGCUGCACAAUAUCAAGUUCAUGUUUAUGGGAGAAAGAAGAACAUUGAAGGACCACGCACUACCAUCCAGGUCUCGACAGAAGGGAAUCCACUGCCAGAUGUGAAGAACAUAAAGGCAAUGAGAAUCAAGGGGACCACUGUGAAAUUGUCAUGGGAUCCUCCAAAAGAUUCCCGGAAGCUUCAGUGGUCUUAUGCCAUAUUCUAUGGAGCAACUGAACAUGAACUCUUUCAAGAAGGCAUCAGAACAAGCACCGAUGACACAACGCUCACUGUCAAGGAUUUGGAGGCUUGUGAAGAAUAUUUAUUUGCUGUCACCCUCUACAAGCCUCUUGGCAUUGGACCUGGUCCACAAGCACCGGCUCAGAACAAGACUGAAUUUGACCCCAAAGCUCCUCCAAAGGGACUGGAAGUCCAUGGGAAGGGUAAUUCUUCCAUGGUUGUCACCUGGUCAUCCUCAUGCCCUGAAGUCCUGUCGGACCUUGCUUAUGUGGUUGUGGUGAAGGAACUGAAUCUUGGAAAGGAAUCAAGAACGCAGACAUACCCAUCACGAAACAAGUCCUUUGUGAAUGAGUUUAACAUCCGCAUUGGAGGGGAAUAUGAGGUCACAGUGCAGACAUCCAUGCCUGAUUCGCGACCUUCACAAGCCGUUCACUACUAUGCUCCUCCCAUCCCUGCUCCACAUCAGGUUGAAUUCAUUCAGGAAAGAAAUGGAUCUUACCUCAUCUAUUGGCGGGACAAAGAAGUUUCUAAUAGCCUUCAGGAAACCUUCAACUUGACUUAUGUCAUCUGGGUGGCAAAUGACCCAACCUUCAAGAAUGCUACCCAGUACAAGGUGAAGGAGCCACCUUUCACAAUCAAUGAUCUCAAGCAAGGUGAUGUGAAAUAUGUGGCUGUCAGCUUGAUUGAUGAGAAUGGAUAUUCUUCCUCUCGUUCAGAGGUCAUCACCAUUGAGAGGCCAUACUAUGAGGCCCCUGUGGAGUUAAAGAAAAGCAACAUGGUAACAAUAGUAGUUUCUGUUGUUGUGGUUGUGGUUGGGCUCUGCAUUGCACUUGUCGUCUUCUUCUUCCGACAUCGUCGACUCCAAAAUUCUUUUGCAUCUUUUGCCAACACUCAUUAUGACCCACGUUCUGGAGCUGUCUUUUCAACUUCAGAUGUCCUGGAAGAUGAUGAUGCACCCAUCAUUCGUGGAUUCUCGGAUGAUGAGCCCCUGGUCAUGGCAUAGAUACUGUGAAAUCUUGUGCAGUUCUAUGCGUUGUAUAUUCUAGUCCAUCUGGUCACCUCACAAGUUUCUCUGAUCCUUUUGCACAUGUUCCAUCUUCCUUCCCACCCCCUGUGUUCGAUUUGACCUGUAAUCAACACCACUGUAUCAAGUUCAUCACAAGGGAUAAUAUUUUUACUAUGUUCAUCCAAAAGUGUGAUGAUUUUCUAUUGUCUGUAUCUUCUGUGGCAUUUCUCUUCAGCUGCCUGGGUGGUCAGUAUUUGCAGAGUUGCCAUAUGUUGAGUUGUCUGUGAUAGGAGGAGAGACAGAAGCUUGGGAGGCAGUUUGGAGAAAUCUCAAACACUAUCGAUUCUGUUGUCCCAUUGAGCUCAGAUUGAUUGAGUGAUAAUUUGGAAGACUUGUACGUUUUGCGACUGCUUAGUCAUGAGAUAAUAAAGCGAAGGGGCUUGACUCAG